AUGGGAAUAAAGUUUUUGGAGUUUGUGAAGCCUUUUUGCGGUUUCGUACCGGAAGUGUCAAAGCCUGAAAGAAAAAUUCAAUUUCGCGAAAAAAUGUUGUGGACAGCAAUUACAUUAUUCGUAUUUCUUGUUUGUUGUCAAAUACCUUUGUUUGGAAUUAUGUCGACAGACAGUGCAGACCCAUUUUACUGGCUUCGAGUCAUUUUGGCUUCAAACAGAGGAACACUUAUGGAGCUUGGCAUUUCACCUAUUGUGACAUCUGGUCUAAUAAUGCAGUUAUUAGCAGGCGCAAAAAUCAUUGAAGUAGGAGAUACUCCAAAGGAACGCGCACUUUUCAACGGCGCUCAAAAAUUAUUUGGUAUGGUAAUUACGAUUGGACAAGCAAUUGUUUAUGUGGCAUCUGGCUUGUAUGGAGAUCCUACGGAAAUUGGUGCUGGUAUUUGUUUGCUUAUUGUUAUUCAACUUGUUGUAGCUGGCCUCAUUGUUUUACUUCUGGAUGAGUUACUACAGAAAGGAUAUGGACUAGGCUCGGGUAUUUCAUUGUUCAUCGCAACAAACAUAUGUGAGACGAUUGUUUGGAAGGCUUUUUCACCAGCUACAUUAAAUACUGGUCGAGGAACGGAAUUUGAAGGUGCGAUUAUUGCACUUUUCCACUUGCUUGCUACCCGGAACGAUAAAAUUCGAGCAUUGCGUGAAGCAUUUUAUCGACCAAACUUGCCAAAUCUAAUGAACUUAAUGGCCACAGUACUUGUAUUUGCUGUGGUUAUAUAUUUUCAGGGAUUCCGAGUUGACUUACCAAUCAAGAGUGCCCGGUAUCGUGGACAGUAUAGUUCGUAUCCAAUCAAACUUUUUUAUACAUCUAACAUACCAAUCAUCUUGCAGUCUGCUCUCGUCUCUAAUUUGUAUGUAAUUUCACAGAUGCUGGCAGCAAAAUUUGGAGGCAAUAUUCUGGUCAAUUUGUUAGGUACGUGGUCGGAUGCAGGUGGCUAUCGAAGUUAUCCAACCGGUGGCAUUUGUUAUUAUUUAUCACCCCCAGAAACUCUAGCACAUGUUAUUGAGGAUCCUAUGCACUGCAUUGUAUACAUUGUUUUUAUGUUAGGUUCAUGCGCGUUCUUCUCGAAAACAUGGAUAGACGUAUCUGGGAGUAGCGCGAAAGAUGUUGCAAAGCAGUUGAAAGAACAACAAAUGGUUAUGAGAGGCCAUCGUGAGAAGUCAAUGAUUCAUGAGUUAAAUCGAUAUAUUCCAACGGCAGCCGCAUUUGGUGGUUUGUGUAUUGGGGCUUUAUCAGUCACUGCUGAUUUUAUGGGUGCAAUCGGCAGCGGUACUGGCAUCUUGUUGGCAGUAACAAUAAUAUAUCAGUAUUUUGAAAUAUUUGUUAAAGAGCAACAAGAAAUGGGAGGUGUAGCAGGAAUGUUUUUCUGA